AAUGACUGCUCUCAGUGUGGAAAGUCUUUUGGACCCCCAGGUACAAGGAGAUGGGGUUCUGCAGUGCAAACUCGUCUCAGGCUGCAGUGGAGAGACUCACCAGGGAAUGUGCAAACAUCAUUCCACCACCACCAACAUCCCCACCACCACCACCAUCCUCACAGGAGUCUUCAGAGCAGGAGGACAAUCUCUGGGGCCUGCUUGACAGCCACGUUGGCACACAACGUGGUUCCAACGCAACAGCCAGUGCCAUUGCCGAGGUCCAGAGGUAUUUGAAAGACCCACAUUUGCCUAGGUCAGAGGACCCUCUUAAAUACUGGGAAAGGCACCACCUUGUCUUUCCACAUGUCUCUCAAAUAGCCAUGCGCUAUCUGUGCACUCCAGCAUCCUCAGUGCCAUGUGAGAGGGUCUUCUCCAAGGCUGGGGAAGUAGUCAGCAGCCGACAAAACCGCCUCCAGCACCGUUGA